UUUACGCAGCUGUCGCGUUGUUAUCGUUGUGCUGCUCUCACUGAACUUCGAACAUUUUUAAAUGUGGAACUCCAGUGUACUUACUGAAAGAAAAACUAAGCCUCCACUGCAUCUUACCAUAAGUGUUGACGGGAUCAGAGAGCACUGUUCUAAUUCAAGCUGGUGGUUGCAGUCUGGUAAUGGGUUUCUGGCAGCCGCUCACCAACCUUAGAGAUUAUGUAUCCCAGAAUCCUCCUGUUGUGACAUUUUUCCUGUGUCUGUUGACCCUGGCUGUCACGUUCGUCUGCCUCAGCUCUUACAGCUAUAAUCACAAUGUGCCUAACCCUGACACAACAAAGGACUGGAACCACCUGCUGUCCUCCUUAUCACAGUUUAAGCUCUGUGUGAAUUCAAAUGCAAGUUUACCUGAGCUUGUCUCACCCACGACCUCUCCUCUGAGGCUGAGAAAAAGAGACGUUUCAGUUCACCCCACAAACACUCCAUCUGUCACCACUUUACAUCUCAGGGUUCCUCUGGUUGUUACUCCAAUCUCAAACAGUGACUCUCUAAAAAACCUAGCUCUACACACUGCCUUGAACAGCAGUCAGCUUCGCCUUGAAGGCAAUGACAGUAUUAAUAUGACUCUUGAGAUUGUGUCUGGAAAUGACACCUACACCUGCCUGACUAUUAGUGCUCCAACUCAUCUCCUGCCCAUGAGCCUACUUCCAUCAAAGUGCCCUGCAUCUGAGAAAAACAUUUCACCCAUCCAUGUGGAAGCAACAAAACAGCUUCACACAGUUUCACAAACCUGCUACAGUCUACGCUCCGAGAAUGACCCUUCACUCAUGGUCAUGUUAACACCGGAGGAGCGGAGUGUGGCAGCGCGACAUCUGUUGGAAGUCAGUGUGUGUCUGCUCGGAGUGUGUGGGAUUCUCUGUUUAGCUGCUAGUAUGACACAUUCACUUGUACGCCGCCACUAUUGGAAUGGACUGGAUCUUCAAAAUGAGCUCUUGAUUGACAGCUGAAUGUUCUCCAUCCUGAAGAAAUCAGUUGUUGAAUGAAAGAGAAGAGUAUUGUGAAAUGCCAGGUUUAGAGGGGCACUGGAUAACAUUUUCUGAAGGGGCUUCUCCAAAGCCGGAGAAAGAAACCCUUGUGAUUAUCAUCAGAGUUAUUCCAACAGUGGUUUGGAGAAUUCAUAUUAUGUAGCCAUUUUAAAGCAUGGCUUAUUCAGGGAACUCAGAAAGGGUAUAUUUCAAUACAUGCAACAUCAGUUUGGCCAUUUAAAUGCAUAUUUAACAGUGUUUCCUCAUUUUUUGAAAGUGCAGAGCUCAAUCAGUACGGCAUCCUUGCUGUAAGAAACUCAAAUAUACAGCAUGAAGUCAAAAAACGUUAACAAAGGAGGAGUAAAUUAUGUAAUGGACCAUAGUGUAAUGGGAACAAUCCCUCAAGUGUAUAUGUCCACACUGUUCAUUGAUCACUGUCCAAUCUGCAGUCAAGCAUUUUUUGCAUUCCAUUGAACUGAUUUGUCUUUUUCGUUUCACAAAUUUCCUAGAAUUACUUUCAACCUGCAUUCAGGUGAGAAUGAUCUUCCUGUCUAAGGAAACAUUCAAAUACUUUGAAGUUAUACACUGUAUUCCUACCAGAACAUGACAAUGUUUUUUAAUGGAACCCAGGACCAGCAAUAGCUCAAAUUGAUGAACUGACUUUUUGGUUUCAUGCUUUUUCCUGAAGAUUUUAUUUUGGUAGGGAAAUAUUUUCUUCUUACCUAUUUGAAAAGUAUUGGUAUCAGUUCCAAGCACAGUAUUUAAAUAAACUUCCACAGACUUGGAAAAUGUCUUCAUUCUCUGAUAUUUUAUUCCAUGGAUGAUAAUGAUAAUAAUUGUUGUCUAUAUUAUAUUGUGUAAAACGUAUUAAAAAAAAACAAGAAUUUCAAUGUUGCCAUCAGUAAAAUGUAUGGAUAUGAGAUUUAUGGCACUAAAUGUGAUAUAGGAUAGGAUAGGAUAGGAUAGUACUUUAUUGAUCCCCAGAGGGGAAAUUCGGGCGUUACAGCAGCACAGACAAGAAAGCUCAAAAAUACACAUUAAACAGAAUAGAUAAGAUAAAUCAAAACAGGGGGUAUAUACAGUACAAAAUGAAUGAUGAAGUUAACUGGGGGGAAUUGAGAAUUGAGACAGUAUUUGCAGAGAAUGACAAGAUAAAGUGACAAGUGAUUAAAGUGACUUGGUAUGAUAAAUAGCAGCAAGUAAUGUAAACAGCAGAGAAGAUAUAGUGCAAUAUGAACAAUAUAGUGUAAUAUAAUGAAAUAUUAUAUAAUAUAGACUAGUAUAAUAAUAUAAUAAAAAUAUAUAGAAUGUACAGUAUAUAUGUAUAUAUAUAUUGCACAUUCUAUAUAUUAUAAUAAUACAAUGUUAGUAAUGAUAAUAUGAAGCAGGUCAUGUGGGUAGUGUUUCAUGGGGGUGAAGUUUAGUGUCAAGGACGGACUGUUAUUGUUGUCAUAGGAUAUAUAGUUAACAUGGUUGUAUUAUCAAAGUUCAACAUUACACAAUAAAAACAUUUUCUGCUGUAAAUCA